UGCAUGGAAAUUGAAAUAAACUGUACCACCAUCCCCAUCCCUUAGCUUGUUAAUUGGUCUUUAAUAGUCUUGAAUUAAAAAAUCCUGCUUUACACAUCAAAACAUAUAUAGAAAUAUGAAUAUGUGAAAUGAACCUUCUUUCAACAAGUAAUAAUUGCUGCAAAUUAGAUGAAUAUUUAAUGAAAUGUCAUUAAUUGAUAGCACACUGAUUUCAAAAGAGGGAUUGAGUUGUUCCAGCUACUCCAUUGGAUCCAUACACAAUCUUCUUCGUCGCACCAGCAAUGGAAUUGGAUUGUAUUCAUCAGUGAUUAUCAGCAUCAUGUGAGAAUCUGUGGGCAGACUCGCCUUGGAAGAGAAUGUGACGAAGGUGAACAAAACAUGGGUUGUGCUUUGCGUUUGAUAUUUCUGCUGCUCCUUUGGCUGCAUGUGAGCCUGGGGUACAUAUUGAGGCUGCCUUGCAAGACGUAUGGAAACUUCAGCGUUGAAAAAUCAGGUUUUAGGCUUGAUGGACAUGUGUUAGUAUCAUUGGAAGUAUCGACUGUCGAAUUAUGCGAACAGCAUUGCUUGUAUCAUCAAAGCUGCAGCUCAAUUAACUGGAAGACACCAGCAUCUGGGUCUGCUAAUUGCCAGAUCAAUGAGAAAUCGACAGAAAACUUGUAUGAAAACGUAAAGUUAUCUCCUUCAUCUGAAUGGACCUACAAAACAACAGAUUAUAGAAACACCAACGUGGGUGAAUUGUGUCGAGGCAGGAAUCCUUGCCCUAUCGGACACAGGUGUACAGAUUCCUGCAGCUGUCCAGGAUUCCAAUGCCAAAACGUAACAACAGAAGCAAGAAGUUGCAAGGAUCUUUACGACCUUGGCUUCAGAAAAAGUACGAGAUAUGACAUCUAUCGACCAGAAAUUGGAAUUUUCCCAGUCAGAUGCGACAUGGCAACCGACGGAGGAGGUUGGAUUGUGUUCCAGCGUCGUGUUGAUAACAGUGUGGAUUUUUUUCGAGACUGGGAUGCCUACAAGCAAGGCUUUGGGGAUAUGGACGGAAAUUUCUGGUUGGGGCUUGAAAAACUGCACAAGCUAGCGGCUCUAGGAAAGGGGGCGAUUCUUCGUAUUGAUUUAAAACACAUGGAAUUCGAAGACAAGAAAUAUGCUAAGUACAGCUUGUUUGAGAUUUCAGGAGAAGUGGAUGGGUAUCGUCUAAAGGUUGGCGGUUACUCUGGAGAUGCUGGAGAUUCACUGGCAAGACAAAACAAUAUGAAAUUUUCGACAAAGGACAAGGAUCAAGAUACAUAUAGAUACAACUGUGCAGAAUCAUUUAAAGGGGCUUGGUGGUACGCUGCAUGCCAUGACUCAAAUCUGAACGCCCUUCAUCCUUCCUCUGGUAGUGAUGGGGGACUCGCAAAAUACAUGUCUUGGAAAGCGAUUAAAAACGAAUAUGGUAAAGUGACAUUCUCUGAGAUGAAAGUGAUGUUUUCGUAAAAGGGUUACCGUGAACUGAGACAGUAAAACUUACACUAUCAACAUUUACUAUUUUGACAUUCUAAUUAGCUAUUCACAAUAUGUUCUUUUAAAAAUUCUUCCUUUUUGGUGUUAUGACCGUUGGAUUAAGGAUACAUUUCUGCCAGUUGUGUUAGCUUUAUCAUAAUCGUUAUUUAAGGUUAACACCUGUUUUCUUGUAAAGAGCUUUGUGUGUACACUGUUCUUUGGAUGCACCAAUUGAUAAAACAUAUCAUUUGGUGUAACAAAUUAAUUUCAGUGGAAACAGUGACAUUCAUGCUUUGAGCUAACUAUGACACUAGUUUCCUCGAUAUACCGAAAAUAGACCACUGGUUUUUGGAUUUGGUCAAAUAAUCUGUUUUCGUGAAAGCCGAUGCAGAUGUUGGCUAGUGCCGCACCUAAAGGUCUACCCAUUGUAACACCAUCUAGCUGUCGGUACUCUUAGUUAUUCAAACUGAAAUCAACACCUUUUUGCGCUUGUCAUUAGUUCUCUAAAAAUAUCCUCAGGAAUUAGGUGGGAUUCCUAUCAACCGAAGGUGUUUUUCUUCCUCUCGCAUUAAUUUCGAUCCACACCAGGAUAGAAAUUUUCAGCUUACUUUCGGUCAUUAUCUGACGUUUAGGAUCUGAAGGGUUUCGGACGAAUAGUACUUAAUACUGCUAUGUUUCCGCCAUUCCUUGCCAUCGACAGGUUGCCAGAAACAAGAAUUCUCGAUUCUGGAAUACCAAACCGAUUUUUGUGUUCCGUAUCUACGAGAAACGUGUGGAGAAAAAUGCUAUUCUUUUAGGAGAGGCGAAAUAAUGGAAUGCCUUUGCCCUAAAAUCAAAAUUAACAAAAAACUUCAAACAAUUUAAAUCCCGUCCUGAAAACUCAGGAACAUGAAGGAACCUAUUUUAUCCCUACAGGUCGUUCAAAUGAUUUUGGAUUACUUUUACUUUGUUACUAAAACUAAUUGUGUAAUUCGAUUUCAACUUUUAAGGCUUUUCCCUUUUCUUUGUGAAGGCUUAUUUGGAAAACAAUUUAUAAAGGCUUUGUAAAUAUCUUUUUCCCCAAUUUACUCUUCUCCCUUUUCCAAAAGUCGUUGUUCCCCUUUUAAAAGCUUUCAAUGUUUUAGCGGUUUUUAAAUUUUUUGGUAAUGAGCCCAAUUUUUUCUUACACAUAUACCUAGCAAUGUCUUUUCGUGUAUGAUAGCUUUUAACUUGGGUGAUUUAAAGGUACUCAUUGACCUAAGAGUGUAUUAGUGAGAAUUCACCUCGAAAACUUUUGUUAUAAAAGCAGGGCUCAGAUUGAUUUUGGUUCAACGGUAGGUUUUUCUGAUGAAUGGUAAAGGAGUUAUUUUGCUCACAAUUCUUUAUAGUCCGGCUCAAAAUUCUAGCCUAAUUCGCAAUGUUCUUUCAUGGAUCUUAUUUAUUUUACUUUCAUUUGAAUAUUUAUCAUGAAAGAUCAAAAUCACUGGUUUGUAGCUGAACUGAGAUAUCAUGAGAGAUUGCUUCAUAAUAAUAGUGGAAAUCAUUGUGUAAACAAACUGAAAAAGCAGUUUGUCAUAAAACCAGCUUAUGCCUAAAGCUAGUGCAAAAAAAUUCAAACAUAGGCAUUUUGUGUUGCCAAAUCACUUCACUCAAACCUAUGUAGACAGAAUGAAAUUGAAUGUAGUAAUAAGUGGUAUGCGCACCAGCAAAGCAGUACUAUAGAGAAGAGACGAAAAAGAUCAAGGUUUUAUAGGAAUUCAAUAUCCAGACGGACAACACAAUUCAAGCAAAAAGACCUGAUUUAGUUGUUGUCAACAAGGUUAAAAAGAAAUGUAACAUAAUAGAUUUAGCAGUCCCUGGAUACGAAAGGGUAACAGCAAAAGAGACAGAGAUGAUGGAGAAAUAUGAUGAGUUGCGAAGAGAGCUUGAAGAGAUGCCUGAUGUCGCAGGCUUUGACUUGAUCUCAAUACUGCAAACAAAACCCAAUCAACUUAGAAGAACAGGACUGUGAAAAUCAGCAAAUAACAAUAAUAAUGAUAAUAGUAACAAUGAAUCAUGACAAAUGUCUCCACAGAGUGGCUCUUUACCUGGUCGCUAAAUACUAUAGAAUGUAAAAGUUGCUAAUAUAAUAUUUCUAAGAAGGUACAAGAAACAAUGUUCCAAUAAUCCAAAAAGUAAAGAUUAAAAUAACUUAAAUCUGGCUAAAGGGGAUUUAGAAUCUAAAAAGUAAGAAUUAAAUAAUUUAGCUUAGACUAAAAAUAGAUUAAGAUCUGAGAAGUAAGAAUUUUGAUAGGUUAAAUUGGCUAAAAGUAAAUUAGAAUUAAAAGUUAAGUUCUUCUCUGAAUGAAUCAAACUAACAGCCUCUUGUUAUACUUCAGCCUGAAAAUAUUCUUUUGAUUUUGAUGAGAAUUCGGCUUUUGCUUUUGAACUUUUAAUCGCUUUUGCCAUCUUCUUGAAAAUAUCAGCUUCACUGUUCCAAAAAAUUCUAGAAUUGGUUGAAAUUGCAAUCUGUGGUGCAGACGUUUAUGAAUAUGCUAAACAGAAGAGACCCAAAAAUUCAUCCUUGUGGCACUUUCACCCGUUUAUUUCCAAGGAGAACAGUAGCUAUAAAUUUAAAGUAGGACAUCGCUGUUGGAUCUAGAGGCAUGUUACUUUGCAAUCAAUAAUUCAUGAUCAAUACAAUCGAAAGCUUUCAAUGGAUAAACCAACAGAGCACCGGCAUAUCUUCAAUGGUAUCCUACAGCUAACUACAAACCGCAUAAGAUCACAUUGGGUACUAGACCAUACUUUGCUCAUACCUCUAGAUUGAAUGAUCGAGCAAAAUAUUUUCGAAAUACAGGCCUUUAACCAGUCUGAACGUCCAACUAAAUUCUUCCCAACAGGCUACAUGUCCAACCAAACAAUUUCGUUAAGAAUUUCCUCAGGUCUUCGGGACCGUGAAUUCAAAUGACUAAUUAAUAUUG